AUGAAUAUUGGAAAAGCAUCCUUGCCAGAUCGGACCAUCGUCAGAAUAGCCGCUCACUUACCAGACCUCAUUGUCUACGGAGAUUUUACCCCAGAGCGUCCCUCCACGGAAUAUUUCGAUGGCGUCCUCAUGUUUGUGGAUAUUUCAGGUUUCACGGCAAUGACUGAGAAGUUCAGUACAGCCAUGUACAUGGACCGUGGGGCUGAACAGCUGGUGGAUAUUCUCAAUCGUCACAUAAGCGUCAUAGUGGAAAAGGUGCUGAUUUUUGGAGGAGACAUCUUAAAGUUUGCAGGGGAUGCAUUGCUAGCCUUGUGGAAGGUUGAGAGAAAGCAGCUGAAGAACUUUAUCACCGUGGUGGUUAAAUGCAGUCUAGAAAUCCAUGGAGUGUUUAAGAAUCAAGAGUCUGAAGAAGGCCUGGAUAUCCGAGUCAAGAUUGGACUGUCUGCUGGCCACAUCAAAAAAUUGGUGUUUGGGGAUGAAAAAAGUUAUUUUCUGGUGAUUGGUCAGGCUGUGGAAGAUGUCCGCUUUGCACAGAGCAUGGCACAGAUGAAUGAUAUUAUUUUGUCACCAAACUGCUGGCAACUCUGUGACCGGAGUGUAAUUGAAAUUGAGAGGAUUCCUGACCAAAGAGCUGUUAAGGUUAACUUCCUGAAGCUACCCCCAACUUACAACUUUGAUGAGUUUUUCAUGAAAUGCAUGGCCUACAUGGAUUACUAUCCUUCAGGUGAUCAUAAAAACAUUCUGAGACUUGCCUCUACUCUGGAGUCUGACCCCCAACUGGAAAUCUCUCUACAAAAGUAUAUCAUGAGAAGUAUUUUGAAUCAGAUUGAUGACAAGCAGCUGAAAGGUUAUUUGUCUGAACUUCGACCUGUGACGAUUGUGUUUGUCAACCUGCAAUUUAAAGGGAAGGAGACGACUGAUGAUAUUGGCCAGGCCAUCCAGGAUUCCAGUGUGUACAUUGACUCUGUCCUGAAAAACUUCAAAGGCCAAAUCAAUAAAGUCUUUAUGUUUGACAAAGGAUGCUCCUUUCUCUGCGUAUUUGGUUUCCCUGGGGAAAAGGCACCUGAUGAGAUUACCCAUGCUUUGGAAAGUGCGGUGGUCAUAUUUGACUACUGUUCUCAGAUCUUCAAAAUCAAGAUUGUGUCCAUUGGGGUGGCCAGCGGAAUAGUGUUUUGUGGAAUUGUCGGCCAUUCUGUGAGACAUGAGUACACAGUCAUUGGUCAAAAAGUCAACAUCGCUGCCCGGAUGAUGAUGUACUACCCUGGCAUCGUGACCUGUGACUCAGUGACCUACAGCAACUGCAGUCUUCCCUCCUACUUUUUUAAAGAGCUCCCUAAGCAGCAUAUGAAAGGUGUUGCCAAGCCUGGAAAAGUCUAUCAGUGCCUGGGCCUGAAUGAGAAAGUAAUGUUUGGUAUGUCAUCUCUCAGCUGCAACAGACAGGAAGAUUACCCUCUACUGGGGCGCAGUAAGGAGAUCAAAUUGUUUAUGCAUAAUAUGAAGGAAUUUCUGUUGUCACAAAGCAGCCGAGUUUUAAUAUUUGAAGGUGCAAUGGGAUAUGGAAAAAGCCAGUUAGUUAGUGAACUAGGUUAUCUGGCGCAAUCUGAAGACCACAGGGUCAUUGCUAUAGGCUUGACUAAGGUUAGUAUCUAUCAGAAUUUCUACACCAUUCAGUUACUCAUGGCCAGUGUCCUGGGUCUUGAUACCUGCAAACAUUACAAGGAGAGACAACACAAUCUGGAGGAAACAGUCAAGAAGUAUUUGGAUGAAAAGUACUAUUGCAUCCUCAAUGACGUUUUUCACGUUCAGUUCCCCUUGACACUGGAGGCUUGCAUAAUGAGUGGAGUAAAAAAGCAAAAGGAAAUAGAAGCAUUGUUUAUGAACAUCCUAAAGCAGACAAACAAAGGUGAAAAGCUCAUUUUCAUUAUUGAUGAUGCCCAGUACAUUGACAUAACCUCUUGGAAAUUCUUGGAGAUGCUGAUCCAGAAGCUCAAUGUGUUCCUUAUCAUGUCCCUGUGUCCUUUCAUCGACACUCCCUGCAAAUCUGCCAGUGCCAUCAUGAAGAAUCGCAAUACUACCUAUAUCGUCAUUGGUGAGAUGAGUCCGAAAGAUAUACAGUCCAAGGUCUGUCUUGACCUCAAUGUGGCCAGCAUCACCAAGGAGGUGGAAAUGUACUUAGUGGAAGGAAGCUGUGGGAUUCCAUUUUAUUGUGAUGAACUGUUGAAAAACCUUGACUCUCAUAAGGUACUCAUCGUCCAUCAUUGUCAGCCAGAAGAAAAGUCCAAUGUGAACUGGCAUGCCCUGUUCAAAAACUACACUAAACCCCAGAUGACCUUCUCUCUAUGUCCUUUCUCUUCCUGUGAGGAUAGAAUAGAAGUGUGUGACAUUGCCCCCGGUGUCAGAUUAAAAAAUAUGUCACCCCCAGCAACAUUAAAAGAAAUCUCCCUAGUGCAAUUAGAUAGCAUGAGCCUUUCUCAACAGAUGUUGGUGAGGUGUGCUGCCAUUAUUGGACAGAACUUUACCACAGCACUGCUUUUUGAAAUUCUCCCUUGUUGGAACAUGAAGAUGAUGGUCGAAGCUCUGGUGUCUCUCGUUCAAUCCAGCAUCUUCCAUUGCUUCCAGAACUCAAAAGAACUUCGACUGGCAACCAAAAGAAAGGGUGCCACCUUUGAAAUACAUCACCGUUCCCAGGUUUUGCAGGCCUCAUCAGGGAUAAAUGGUAGAGAAGACAAGGAGAUUUGUGUACUAGAGAAUGAAGUGACUCAGUGCCAUAUCUUGAGAUUCUGCAAACCCAUAAUGCAGAAGACAGCCUAUGAGCUGUGGCUCAAGGAUCAGAAGGCAGCUCUACAUGUGAAAUGUGCACGCUUCCUAGAGGAAAGUGCUCACAAGUGUGAGAACUGUGGAAGUGGGGACUUCAUCCCCUUUCACCAUUAUGCUGUGGACAUUCGACUGAAUACCUUAGACCUGGAUACAGUUAAGAAGAUGAUUCGUACCCAUGGAAUUAAAAGGAUGAAAGAGGUCUUCACAAACAAGGAAAGACUUCCAAAGCAAUGUGAUGUUUUGACAGAUGAUCUCAGCCCCGAACAAAUAGGAGAAAAGAUCUUGUAUUUCUUCGACAUCACUUUAGGCAAAAUAACUGCAGCUGAAGAAAGACUCACCCCUGCAGAAUCUUGUCAGUGUCUGGAGAUACUAGAAUCUGUUUUAUUGCCUCUUGCCUACCAUUUUACAGUUCUAGAGGAAUUGGACAAAGCCUUAUAUUACUACCUAGAAGUUGUAGCGGGUUAUAUCAACCUAAAUGAUAACUAUUUGGCAUACACACAUUUGUGUGAAGGAGAGAGAUUACUAAAAUCUCUGAAGCAUGACAAAUCUUGGUGCCGCAUUUUUGAGUCUGCCGUCUUUUUCACCCUCAAGGGCCAGGUCUCCUUCAAUGUGGGCCAGAUGAUAAUUGCCAAGAAAAUGAUGAUGAAAGCACUGAAGUUACUAAAACGUGUCUUCCCUUACAGUUGGAUUUCAGUUCUCCUCCAGACCCAUAUUGAGAAAAACAAACAUGCCUUUCACAUGAAUCAACAACAAAAUGACAUCUGUCCUCCACGGAAGCAAAAAUUGGCCCAGCUUCACCAGCAAAUCUCUUGCCUGGCCUUAUUAUGGAGGAUCUACAGUUUGGAUUAUAUUUUUCGUUACAAGUACUUUGCCCACUUAGCUGCCAUGAUGCAAGUGAAUACUGCACUGGAAACUCAAGACAACUUCCAGAUCAUUAAAGCCUACUUGGACUACUCAUUGCACAGCCAACUGGCAGGUUACCAGGGAUUAUGGUUCAAGUAUGAAGUCAUGGCCUUUGAGAAAAUCUUCAAUGAGCCCUUAAGUAGAGAGACUGUGGCAAUAAUUGCUUAUGUGGCAGAAAAACUGUCUUACAUCAAGUAUAUAAUGGGUCACCUAGACCUGUCCAUUCAGUUAGGCUUCCGAGCACAUGAGAUGUGGCAGUUGAUCAAGGAUCCCAACAGGCACUUUUCUGUCCUUCAAAGACUCACUGUAGCUCUCCUCCUGAAAAACAGAUUCCACAAAAUGAUUGAAGUGAUGGAUUGGAUGUGGUCAUUUGCUACCAUCGAGGAUCACACCAUCAGCCAAGGACUUUUCUAUGUCAUCUGUCUAGACAUCUUGCUUUAUGGUGGCUUUGUUUAUAGGACCUUUGAGGAAUGUCUGGACUUCAUAAGUGACCGAGAAGAUAACAGCAUCAUCAAAUUCCACAGUGGCAUGUUACUGACUCUUUACUCGGAUGCAGCAAUCUGGUUUGCUAGACUCGAGGAGUGGGAAAAUUUUCAAGUAUUUUUCAACAGAGCUAAAAAGCUGGUCCAGAGAAGGACUCCCUCGUUACUUUACUGCACCGGAUUAAGCAGGUACAUGGAAUGCCAGGUACUUUGCCUCCAAAAACAAAUUCAAGAGCAAAUGGAGAACGUCCAGGACAUUGGAGUUGAACUACUCAAGACUCUGGAGAAUUUGGUAUCUCGAAGUUUCACAGGUCCUAUCUACCACCCAAGGAUUUACCACCUGAUGGCUUAUGUAUGCAUACUAAUGGGAGAUGAGGAGAACUGUAACUUCUUCCUGAGAACAGCUUUACAACUCUGUGACAGCCAUGGAAAUGUACUGGAGAAAGUUUGGCUAAAUAUCAGCAAAAAAUGGUGGUACUCUGACGAAGUAUAUGAGCAAGAUAGCUGGCUUCACAUAGUCUUGCGUCUUCCAAGGUGGAGCGAAAUCCAAUUUGAUGAAUACAAAAUAAAGGCCGUUGAACAAAACAAAUUCCGAUUUAAAAUUACUAUCACAGAGAGCUACUAG